AUGCAGGGAUCACCUACAUGCCCUCACUCCACAGGAUCCAGCUCUAUAAAGGGAUCACUUACAUGCCCUCACCCUACAGGAUCCAGCUCUAUGCAGGGAUCACCUACAAGCCCUCACCCCACAGGAUCCAGCUCUAUAAAGGGAUCACUUACAUGCCCUCACCCCACACGAUCCAGCUCUAUGCAGGGAUCACCCACAUGCCCUCACCCCACAGGAUCCAGCUCUAUAAAGGGAUCACUUACAUGCCCUCACCCCACAGGAUCCAGCUCUAUGCAGGGAUCACCUACAUGCCCUCACCCCACAGGAUCCAGCUCUAUGCAGGGAUCACCUACAUGCCCUCACCCCACAGGAUCCAGCUCUUUAAAGGGAUCACCUACAUGCCCUCACCCCACACGAUCCAGCUCUAAAAAGGGAUCACUUACAUGCCCUCACCCCACAGGAUCCAGCUAUAUACACGGAUCACCUACAUGCCCUCACCCCACAGGAUCCAGCUCUAUAAAGGGAUCACUUGCAUGCCCUCACCCCACAGGAUCCAGCUCUAUGCACGGAUCACCUACUUGCCCUCACCCCACAGGAUCCAGCUCUAUGCAGGGAUCACCUACAUGCCCUCUCCCCACAGGAUCCAGCUCUAUAAAGGGAUCACUUACAUGCCCUCACCCCACAGGAUGCAGCUCUAUACAGGGAUCACCUACAUGUCCUCACCCCACAGGAUCCAGCUCUAUAAAGGGACCACCUACAUGCCCUCACCCCACAGGAUCCAGCUCUAUAAAGGGAUCACUUACAUGCCCUCACCCCUCAGGAUCCAGCUCUAUGCAGGGAUCACCUACAUGCCCUCACCCCACAGGAUCCAGCUCUAUAAAGGGAUCACUUACAUCCCCUCACCCCACAGGAUCCAGCUCUAUGCAGGGAUCACUUAUAUUCCCUCACGCCACACGAUCCAGCUCUAUAAAGGGAUCACCUACACACCCUCACCCCACAGGAUCCAGCUCUAUAGAGGGAUCAUCUACAUGCCCUCACCCCACAGGAUCCACUCUAUAA